AUGAUAACCAAUCGGGUCGUGCUCCUCCUGAUGCUCUCUAUCCUGUGGCCCAGCACUGCCCUGCCUUUCACGCCUGGGAAUAUUGGGAAUCUGUUAGGGAUGCCAGAGAGUGAUGGGAGGAUCCUUCAGCGGUCCAAACGUGGAUGGAUGUGGAAUCAAUUCUUUCUGCUUGAGGAAUACGCAGGAAAUGACCAUCAAUAUGUCGGCAAGCUGCACUCCAACAUGGACAAAGACGAUGGCAAUGUCAAGUACGUUCUGACUGGAGACGGGGCGGGCAGCCUGUUCCUGAUCGACGAGAAGUCUGGAGAUAUCCAUGCCACCAAGAGGCUGGACCGGGAGGAGAAGGCUAUGUACACGCUCAAUGCAAAGGUGCUGGACAGGAGAACCAACGCAGAGCUGGAGCCUGACACUGAGUUCAACAUCAAAAUCCACGACAUCAACGACAACGAGCCAAAGUUUGUGAAGGAAAUCUACUUCGCCAGUGUCCCUGAAAUGUCUGAAGUUGGGACAUCUGUUGCCACGGUAACCGCCAAUGAUGCUGAUGAUGAAACGUAUGGGAACAGUGCCAAGCUCGUAUAUAGUAUUCUUCAGGGACAACCGUAUUUCUCUGUGGAUUCUGAAAAUGGCACCAUCAAGACGGCCCUGCCUGGCAUGGACAGAGAAGUCAAGGAGAACUACCAGGUUGUGAUCCAGGCUAAAGACAUGGCCGGACAGAUGGGCGGGCUCUCAGGGACCACUACAGUCAGCAUCACCCUCUCCGAUGUGAACGACAGUCCGCCACGCUUUGCUAACCAUUCCUUCCGUGUUACCGCCGUGGAGUCUACAGAGAUCGGCGGUGCCAUUGGACGCAUUAAGGCUGAUGACCCAGAUGUUGGGCGUAAUGCUGAGAUGGAGUACAGCAUCGUCGGGGGUCAUGACACAUUCAACAUUAUCACUGACCAAACCACGCAGGAGGGAGUCAUCAUAAUCAAAAAGGCGAUGGAUUACGAAAGCAAGAGGGACUACGAGUUCAGAGUGGAGGUGAAAAACACCUACUUAGACGCCAGGUUCAUCCACGGCUUGCAAUUCAAAGACUACGCCACGGUCAAGGUCACCGUGGAGGACGUGGACGAGCCACCCAUUUUCACCAGGAACCCUUACAUCAUCGAGGUGCACGAGGACACGGCGGCUGGCAGCUUCGUCGGCGUGGUGUCGGCCAGGGACCCCGACGCUGACAACAAGCCUGUCAAAUACUCCAUUGAUCGGCAUACAGACCUAGAGAGGCUGUUCAACAUCGAUUCUGUUAAUGGAACCAUCACAACACUGAAAGCUCUGGACAGAGAAAUGUCCAAAUGGCACAACGUCUCUGUGGUGGCCACUGAAAUAAAUAACCCACGGCAGACAACUCGAGUGCCUGUCUUCAUCAAGGUGUUGGAUGUCAAUGACAACGCCCCUGAGUUUGCAAUGUCCUAUGACACAUUCGUCUGCGAGAAUGUCAAAGCAGGACAGCUGAUUCAGACAAUAAGUGCUGUUGACACGGACGAACCACUUGUUGGACACAAGUUUGUCUUCAGCAUAAGUGCCACCAAUCCAAACUUCACCAUUGUUGACAGGGAUGAUAACACCGCCAAUAUCCUGACGCGGAGGGGAGGUUUCAGCCGGCGUGAGAUGAGCAUGUACUUCCUGCCGGUAGUGAUUUCAGACAACGACUACCCGAUUCAGAGCAGCACCAGCACGCUGAUCGUGCGCGUGUGUGCUUGCGACAGCCGCGGGAACAUGCAAACCUGCAACCCGGAAGUCCUGCCCUUCUCAGAUGGUCUCACCACCGGAGCUCUGGUGGCCAUACUGCUUUGUGUCGUCAUCCUCCUCAUGAUCGUGGUGCUGUUUGCUGCCCUGAGGAGACAGAGGAAGAAGGAGCCUCUGAUCAUCUCCAAAGAGGAUGUCAGAGACAACGUUGUCAGCUACAACGAUGAAGGGGGCGGAGAGGAGGACACCCAGGCCUUUGAUAUCGGCACGCUGCGCAACCCAGAGGUGAUGGAUGCUAACAAGCUGCGCCGGGACAUCAUUCCAGAAAUGCUGUUUCCCUUUCGGAGGACAUCACCUAUAAAGGAUAACACUGACGUCAGGGACUUCAUUAACGGGCGGCUCCAGGAGAACGAUACGGACCCAACGGCGCCCCCUUAUGACUCCCUGGCCACGUACGCGUACGAGGGCAGCGGGUCGCUGGCGGAGUCCCUCAGUUCGCUGGAGUCGGCCGCCACCGAGGGGGACCACGACUACGAUUACCUCAACAACUGGGGACCGCAAUUCAAAAAGCUGGCCGAGAUGUACAUAGGGAAGAGCCCCAACAGAGAGACCUGA